UCGCAGCUGUGAAACGGCUUUCAAUCGUGCCAAUAAUAAUCAACAGCCAUCUGUACACAAAGUCUAAAAUUUAAAAUCCCCCAGCUACAUGAGGUGAAGCACAGCCAUCCACAGACAAAGUGUCCCUGUUGCACAAAAAGCUUAGUAAAAGACUGGAAAAAAAAUUUGGAAUGCCCCAAAAGCUACACUGAAAUAUGAAUGGUGAGCAGUUACAAACGCCUAUCUGCCCAGCCAGCGCUUCGCCGCCGGCAGGGUAGGCCUCCCAUUCGACACCCAGAGUAGCCAACCACAAUACUUUUUUGAAACCUCGAAAACCGUUUUGAAGGAAAGCCCUAACAAAGACGCAGCAUUCAAAUAUACCUCGAUCUGCAACCUUUUCCUUUCCUACCAAAGAUUUCAACCAGGUGAAACUACUGUCGCGCGAGUCAUGCACGUUGUCAUGUUGUUCAUGCGGUUGUAGUGGUGAAACUGACCAGAAGCUGAUGCCGCUAAAUUUUUUUGGGGAGGUCCCAUUGACAACAACAGUAUUCCCCUUUUCCCUCUAUCUACCUGCAGUUGUGCAACAGGAGUUUACUCUGGAAAUUAGACCAAGAUCUCCUCAGUGUUUCUUAUUUCUUUAGCUGACUUCCUCUUUUCGUUCCAUAACCUCGAAAGGAUUGUUUUAAUAAUAAGCAUUUCUGUACUAUUUUUUUUAUUAUUUUUUUCAAAAGGAAAAAUUAUGAGGAAAUGGGGUAUUUAUCAUUCUCUUGAGGAGGUACUGCAAGUCUUCAGAUCUGAAGAGCUUGCCUCAAUACCUGAAGUACAAGAAGCUGUCACAUUGUUCUUGAAAGGUUAUGAUCCUGAGAAGAAACUUAGUGAACUUCAUAAUCGACACCCUUUAAUAGUUGUGGAGGGUCUCGACGCCAGUGGAAAAACUACUGUUACGCAUUUACUUUCAAAGCGCUUAGGAGGCGUUAAAAUGUCCACUCCAGGUCCUCAAUUUGCUGCCCUUCGGCCUUUCUUUGACCAGCAACCAAACCAUAUAAGGAGAGCUUAUUACAGCCUCACUAACUAUGCUGCUGCAUUGGAAAUAAAUGAAUUAUUGGAAGAAAAACCUGUUAUUUUAGACAGGUUCUGGCACAGCACUGCUGCCUAUGCUUUGGCAGGUGAAGUUGAUGAUGUGGCUAUGCUCCCACCUGCUGGGGAUCAAAUUUAUCAGUGGCCCAAAGAUUUGAAGCCUUAUCCAGAGAAGGUUAUCUUCCUUCAAGUUACUGAAGCUGAACGCAUGAAGAGAAUCUCUAGACGGCAGACAGCGACUGCUGAAGAAGACCGACUUGCCAAAGAAGCUAACUUUAGAAAAGUUAUAAAUGAAGCAUACCGCCGAAUGUAUGAGCCUCAGAUACUGGAAGUGGAUUCAACACGCCCAGUCAAACAUGUGGUGAAUGAAAUAUUUGAUAUUGUGAGCAAAGCUAAAUGAAGAGUUUUCUGUUUUAUAUCAGUAAUAAACAAUUGGCAAUAACAUGUAGGCUUUCAUGUCUCAAA